AUCUGCUCUAACCCUAAGCGGCGGCCGCCCUCUCUCUCAUCUCCCUCUCAUUUUUCCUUCUCGAUUCUUCUCCUCUCUUCUUCGCUCCCAGAGAAAAAAACAACCUAGCCUUUCUCCCUCUCGUCCUCAUCUUCUCCAGAGAAACCUAGCCGCCCGAAACCCUAGCCCCCAAAUCGAAACCACCGCGUCUUCUCUCGUCCCUCAUCUCGGUCAGAGAAACCAACCCUAGCCUCGCUCAAAACCGCCGCCGCUCUCCUCUCUCGGCUCUCUCCCUCUCGACUUGAUGAACGCGAGAAACGACCCCGCUCACCGGAUUAAAAAGAAAAUCGAUUUGAGUAAGAUACUAUCCUUGCAUGUUGUAUUUUUUCGUUUUUUUUUUUGUGAAAAUCGAAAGGUUUCUGAUGUUUUUUUGUUUUUUAUUUGCGCGAGCGGAAGAGGAGACGAGCAUCGGGUCUCGCCGCCAACUACAGCAGCAACAGGCGGGGAUACCGCCGUCGGUCACUCGAAAAUUACCAGAAGACUCUCGAUCUAGGUGAAGCCGAGACAUGCAUGACCCUUUUUUAUUUUCUGUUUUUUUUAUAUUUUUGUUCCAAAUUUACUAAUUUUCUGUUUUUUCAUUUCUGGAGAAAACGCCCCAAACCGAGGGGAUUUUUUUCGAUCUACCUCCUCCUACUCUCUCGGUGAGUUUCUCUUAAACAUGCAGGCUUAGAUCUAAUUUUUUUACAUAAGACGUGAUUUUAAUCUUGAUUUUUGUUUGGGUUCUUGGUGUUGGACGAGGGGUGAAGGAGGGCGAAGACCGGCGGUGGUGUGACGACGUCACACAGGUGGUUUUUGGUUGUGAUAGUAAUUUUUGUGUUGUUUUUUUGGUUCUCGCCGAGAGGAGAGACGGAAAUGGGGUCGCCGGCGGCGCGGCCAGCGCCAGAGCCGACGGCGAGGGUCUGGUUUUGGGUAGGUUAUUAUUAUUUUCUAUUUUCGCUAUUUUGGGUAAUUUUAUUAACAUUAUUUUUGGAUUUCUGAUCUAGGGUUCUUCUUUUUUUUACAGAUCCCUACGAUUUAAAGAGACCAAUAGGUGAUACUCUUCCUAACUUAUGACUAAUGGAUUGGUUAUUGUGGCUAGGAUUUUAUCUAUUAAUUCCUGUGGUGUUAAGAAAACAGGGUUUUGGUUCGUACCCCUGUUGGGCUCAUUCGGCUUUAAUAUUUGGUUUUGGAUUUGUUGAAAACGAAAGCUUGCUUUAUUAGAUUCUAGUGUCUAUAAUUAUCCUAGCAUAAUAUGAGGUCAAAGCCACUGCUUAUGACCACCACAUUGGUGGGAAGCUUUCUUCUAAAUUGGGAUUUGGUUAUAUGAUUGAUUAAAAAAAAACUGGUAUGAAUUGGUAAAAUCUGAAAUUUUCAAUAGCAUCAGGGCUUUUAUGGUGUUAGGCGUGCGAAAAUAUAACAACUAAAAAAGAGAAGUUUGUAAUUACCAAAAAGUUGGUAAUUGGGUCGAAAGAGGGGUGCCCUUAAACACAAAAAGAGGUAUUUUAAAAUACUCUCCCAAGGGUCUGUUUUGAAUUCUUUUGUGUUUUGAAUGGAUUGUUAGAUCAUCUUUACUACGCUUUGGGUUGCUAAUGUUAUUUGUGUGUGAAAGAGCUGGUGGACUAACCUAGCUGAUUAGAGAACUAAGUUUAGCUAGCAACUUAAAAUGAAUUAUGCUCGCUAGAAAAACUUGAAACGAUCCAAUAGGAUUCAUGGCACGCUGGUGAUAGCUAAGAAGCUGCCUAACAUAGCAUGUAAUGAAAUAGAUGAACGGAGCAAAGAGACAGACAAUUAUCACAGUCAAAAUUUCUCAAAGCUACUUUGAUUUAAAACUGAGCACAAAGACAAUACACAUCAAAACUGUCGAAUUUUAUGAAGGACUAUUUCAUACAUCUAUCGAUUAUAAAAUAAGGACAUCAUUAUAUAAUCAUGGUUGAGUUUCCAUCUCUACAUGGAUGUAUGGAUGAAUAUAUGCUUGUGCGAUUGCUGAGAUGAGGAAACACCAACCUGUCUUCUUUGUCGUUUGGUGUUUGAUGGCGAUGGCCUCUUGUUGUCUUCUUAGUGCUUCUUGUCUGCCCUUUAGUGUUUCUUGUCUGCCCCUUUUGUGUUUAAUGCCCUGUCUGUCUUUUUAGUGCUUUCGUUCUUUUUUCUCUGCUCUUUCUCCCAAAAUUCUCCCCUGCCUCUGUUUGGGGUAAGAAAACCCCCUUAUAUAUGAUCACUUUUUACUGUUCAUUAUUGUGUGCUGGCUGCUCCUCCUUUGCUCUUGAGGUGGUUGUCUGAACCAACUUUUGUGUUGGCAAUUUGGUGUUGGUUCUUUGGAGGAGGUGGCCGAAUUCCUCUUUUUGAGAUGGCAGUAAUUUCUGCUACCCUACUACUCUACUACUCUGCUGUUCGGCGGUUCUGCUGUUCUUGUAGAUAAGAUAAGGAUGAUGGGUUUGGUUGACCGGGUCGGCCAGAGCUAACCCGGUCGACCCGAGUUGACCCGGGUUGACCAGAGUUAAUUGGGCUGAGAUAUGGACCUGGAUUGUGGGUUUUUGUUUUGGGAUGCCCUUCUAACACUUCUUUUUUUCUUUGCAGGUCUCUGGUCUGGCCCAAAAUGAUGACCUAAGGAGGCCCAAAUAGCCUCAAAAGGCUAAGCCUCUAAUUCUGAUUGGUGCCACCAAAAGCAGAAUUUUUUUAUUUUUAUUUUAUUUUUUUUUUUUUUUGUAUAAUUACAAGGUGUAUCUUAAAUGUCACAGAUUGUAAUUUAUAAUUACACAUUUGUUUAUUUAUGUCCUUGCCUUUAGAAUUAGAUGAUCAUUGUAUGUAUUACUCAAUCAUUCAAUUGAUUAUUUCAAACCAAUUCGUUAACUACAAUCGUGACCAAUAUCCCAACUUCUAAGUAAAUAAUUCUUAGUUAUGAAUCGUGACCAAUACCCCAUUCAACCAAUUUCAGACCUAUAUCACCAAUCGUUAACAAUAAUACCGGUAUAAGUCGUGACGGCAUACUAUUGCUAUUCUAAAUAAAGCGAAUUUGGUAGCCAUUAGCUACUGCUAAUCCUACCUAGUACAAAUAUUCGAAAUGAAUAGAAAGAAAGACUUGGAAAUCGUUGGUAUUUAUUGAUUCGCCACCGCUAAUCUCAACCAACCUUAUCUAAACUUUCACUUGGGUUUUCUUUUUUAAUUUUAAAUGGAAUAUUCUUCCGAAUUUUGAGUAGGAUAGUUGCUCCGGACAAAAUGUGGUGUCUACAGUAACAUUCAUGUACCGAGAUGACCAAAUAAUAAAAGUUCAAAGUCAAAUUCAACUUCUUGCCUUUAGUUUCUUUGGGUAGAAUAUUGCAUUUAAUUUUUGAGAUGGAAGUGAAUUAAAUGAAAGACUAAAAAAGCAAACUUAACGAUUCACCCCACAAUCAUACAUGGUCGAACACCUAAAACCAACCGCCAAAAAGGAAUGAGGGAAAAAAUUCAACUGAAAGAAAAAGAAAAGAGAAAGGCAGGGAACCCUAGGCGCAAAUCAAAUCAGUGGAGCGGAGAAAGCAAGGAAAGGCAGAGAGGGCAUUUCCCCAGAAUUUGAAAUUAAUCAGAGGCUGAGGCAUUGAGAACACAGAAAGAGAUAUUGGCAAUGGCAGAGGUUGGGAUUAUAUAGAUAGCUUCACAUAAUCUCUCCCUCUAAUCCGCUCUCUUUCUCUCCCAAGCUCUGCCUCCCUUUUUCCUUCUCUUCCUUUCUUGUUCGACCUUUCCGCUAAUCGGAGUCUCUCAGAAUUCCUCGUUUCCAUGUCUAAACGGGUGUUAUGCAAGUUUUUUGCACAUGGGGCAUGUUUGAAAGGGGAGCAUUGUGAAUAUUCUCAUGACUGGAAUUAUCCAUCAAGCAAUAUUUGCACCUAUUAUCAGAAAGGGAAAUGCUCUUAUGGAACUCGGUGUCGAUAUGAUCAUCUUAAACCUUCAAGGCUACAGUUUGCUGCUUCAUCUUCUACUAGUAUUCCUUUUGGGAAUACAAGGUUCGGAGCCUAUCCUGUUAUGAAAGCUCGUGUUUUGCCUUCAGAGCUCUCCCCGGGAAGUAGACCUUUUCUUCCAUCCAAUCAUCCAACACGAAAUUUGGAACCUGGGAAAUGCAACGUCUUUGAUGGUACUAUAGAGCUGAAAAAUCUGAAACUACCAUCCGAUCGUCCGCUAUGCUGUUAUGCGGCCACUGGGAACUGUCCGAGAGGAGAGCAAUGUCCUCACAUUCAUGGUGACUUGUGCCCUAACUGUGGGAGGCAUUGUUUGCAUCCUUUGAGGCCCGAGGAAAGAGAGGAGCACAUGAAAAUGUGUGAGAAAAUGCAGAAACACCUUGAUGCGUUGAAGCACAGUCAAGAGAUAGAAUGUUGUGUGUGCUUGGACAAAGUGUUGUUCAAGUCGACGGCGGCAGAACGUAAGUUUGGUUUGCUCUCUGAGUGCGACCAUCCAUUCUGCAUAGGGUGUAUCAGGAAUUGGAGAAGCAGCUCGCCUACCCCUGGAACGGAACCUAUGUCCAGGACGUGCCCAGUAUGCCGCAAGCUAUCAUAUUUCGUGGUUCCUAGUGUGAUUUGGUAUUCCUGCCAAGAAGAGAAGACGGAAAUCAUUGACAACUAUAAGGCAAAGCUUAGUUCAAUAGAUUGCAAACACUUCAACUUUGGUAUUGGAAACUGCCCGUUUGGUUCCAGUUGCUUUUACAAGCAUGCAUACAAAGAUGGGCGUCUAGAGGAAGUGGUUCUCCGCCAUCUUGGUUCUGAAGAUGGCCACACAGUCAUAUCUAAAAACAUCAGACUGUCAGAUUUUCUUGGAGGACUCCAAAUUAGCUGAAUGUGUUAUUGUGCUAGAUAUUAAUUACAGUGUAAGAUCAUCCAUCUACCUUACAAAUACAAACAUUAAUGUGCGGUAUUGGAAUUGUAUGGACACCAUUUGUAUGAGUUUGUGCAUUGUUAUUUGUAUAUGCAGGAGUACCAAUAUGAUAAGAAUACUUACAACUCUGCAAAGGUCUCCAAUUCCGGAAUCGAGACAAUAGUUUUCUUCAAGGUACAAACUUGCAUGUUACAUUAUUCAUUCGUCCAUAACUAAUUGUUGUGAACCUAACAUUGUUGACAUCAUUGGUCGAUGCAGAGUGUCUUAUUACUAGAGGUGCUCUUCGUUUCGCCAUAGAAUCUGCAAGGGGCAUUGUACAGUUUGCCUAUUUGUUAAAUAAACUUCCAUCCACCCACCAUUUGGGUUAGCUAAUAAUGAGUGUUGUAACAAGAAAAGAGCACAGAGGAUGGCUAAAGAAUGGCCCUAUACAAUAGAUAAUGUUUCUUAGCUUGCUUGAUUGAAAGCGAUUGAAAAUGACUUUGUAUAAGAUAGAAAGAUUUAAUUGUUAGUGUUGGUAUUGUGUGUGCCCAAAUUGACAUAAUAAUCUACUUAUGUCUUCUUUGGGAAAUGUUAAGAUAGAAAGACGAAAUUCCUUUUCUUAACACAAGAAACAAGUAUAUAUAUUAUUUUCCAUUAUAAUUGAGUUAAUAUAUUUUAACUAUGUCGAUUUCUUUUCCUUUCAGUUUUAUCUCGUUCUUUUAUUUGUUUCCAUUUGUUUCUUUUUACCAUCAUGGUAUAUUUGUAACAGGUAGGGUUUCACUUUUACUAAAAUAUUUUCAGUAAAAAGAAAAAUUAAAUACAUUAAAAAGCAAAAACAUCAUAUUGAAGAGAACUCAACUCGAAAAUUAGAAAGAUCAACACAACUCGAAACAUUUGACUUCGUAAAUGUCUUUCAUAAAACUGCAUGAAGUCUCACAAUGUACUACUCUUAAUUAAUUUUAUGUCGCCAUCAAUUUCUGUGACGAUAUGUUGAUUCUUGAGUGUGCUUCUAGAAAUCCUGAGUGCGGGCGUGAGGUUAGUCAUAAUCCUAGGUUCCAGUUACAUGGCAAGGAAAUAAAUCCAAUAUAAUCCUAAUGCAUAUGUGGAUGCAAUGCUCAUGCAUUGAGAUGUUUACUUGAGUUGAAAAUGAUUUUCUUGGAAAGUGGUCCGAGUUCAACUUAAGUGGUACAUUACAUCGGUCACCAAAAUGUGACAUAACUUGUAAUAAGAUUUUCCCCACCCGGUAAACAUGAUAUCGCAUGCUCUAAAAGGUUGUGGGUACCUCAUAACAUGACCUUCUUAUUACCAAGGGGUAGGGUUCGUAACCUCUCCUUAUUGCCUAGGAGUAGGGUUCCUAUGUAAAAACUCCCUCAUUAUGGGGAGUGAGGUGAUUGUGAGUUGCUAAUUAAACAAGAGGUCAAACAUGAUCGUACUUAUAAAAAUAAAUAUAUUUUUUGGACUAAACUUGCACACAAUGUGAAGAUAUUAGCCAACAUACUUAAAAUGUGACUUGUUGAAGCAAUGAUAUGCUUGUAGAAAUUGAAGAACGUAACAUAGCAUGUACUUAACAUAGAGCUCGUAUGCACAGUCUUAAGGUAAACAUAACAACUGAUCAUAAGAACUUAAUUUCAAUAACAUAAUGCAAAUGCU